AUACCUGCGUGCUAUCCCUUGCAUCCAUGGCAUCUGCAAUCGAAGCCAGAUCUCUGGCUCUUCUGACGACGAUUGCCUCCGAUCCUCCGGCGUACCCAAGAAAUCCAACUCAACUUCCCCACGCUCAGCUGACUCUGUAUAUCGUGAGAGUUCCCGGCAGCAAAGGUACGAAUCUUCUUGAAUUGUUCCGGAGUUUGAUGCUAACCAGGAUUCANGAUGUCUUUCUGACCCCUCUGAAACCAAGGGAAAAGGUCGUUAGUGCCGAAGAUGUUCAGAGCUCCUUGUACUUCUUGCAUAUCGAUAUUCCAGAGGAUGGCCUUCUCGAAUUACCCGAGGAGAUCACUGUACCGGAUGUUCCUGCUGCGUCAAUGAUCAAUCGCAAACCACUACCAACACCUCCAACUUCUCCUGCAGAUGGUUCUCCGAGACAAAGAAGUGCCGUCUUCGACACCAAGCAGCAGCUUGGAGUUCCCCAGCGUAAACCAGUCCGUCAAAGCCUAGACCUUCCAGACAUCCCGCCGCGACCACCUAUGAAAAGUCCCCCGAGCCAACAUGGCCAGUUUACCGUCCAUGAGCAUGUUGAUGGCAGACCAUCCUUUUCCAGGCGACCACUCAGCAACCAAUUCUUGGAUCCAAACGUCGUUUCGGGUCGGCCUUCUGUGAGUUGCAGGAGCUCUUAUGCCACAGAGAGCGCUAGUCGAUCCUCUUACGAAGGCCCUUUGACUUCCGAGGAGGACGAACGCUGUGUCUCACUGACCCUUAUCCGUCGAGAUCCGUCAUCAGGCUUCCAGUGGAACGUAGCCAAGAUUCGUGACCCGCCGGUGCAUAAAGUUUCUUCCGUGCUAGGAGGAGACGGCUCCAUCAAAACCAAAAAGGCAGGGGCUCCCUUGUUCAUCGAGAUCUACAAUCCUGGAUACUCGAAGUUCCUGCAGUCUGAUCACAGCAGACCAGUCUCCCAGGGAAGUGCUGAUAUGGCUUUGUUCUCACCAAAUUUGUCUUCGGACUAUGAUAACACGUUUCGCCGAAGGCUCUACAUGGAUGGUUCAAGAUUCGCUGACCACUCGUAUGGACAUCGCAAGACUCCUUCUUGGAGCGGUGAGCAGCAAAGUCAACAUCCUUCUGUGCAGUUGAAUCGACAGAGCUUGCAAGCUGCACCGAAAGCUCUGGUCGACAGGAGGAGCAAGGGCUACACCUUCCGCAGCCCAUGGGGUGGUAAAUGCGAGUUCUCGACUGGUGCAGCUGGCAGAUCAUUGAAGAAUCCUUCAAGCGCUGCAUCUGAAGUUAGUGAGCUGCGCUUCAAUCUUCCAACAGGCAGCACUACUAGGAGUAUUGUGUCUACUGAUCCUGGAGCAAAGAGAUCCUCAGUAGUUCCAAGGCCGACCCUGCACAGGCACUCAACUUCGGACGAGUUUACUAACAGUCCUCUUUCUCCUGGCAUGGCAAAGUUUCUGGACGAACAUGGUAACAUUGAUCUUUCUCUCGGACAGGAGCGUGCUGGAGGUGGGUUCCAGGGGAAGCAGGCCAAGCUCGGAAAGCUCAUCAUCGAGGAUGAAGGCGUCAAGAUGUUGGAUUUGAUAGUGGCAGCCAACAUGGCCCUAUGGUGGAGGGCGUACGAGAGGAAGCAC